CAAAAAGGCCAUAGGCAUUGUCCCCGUCUCGUAAGGAAUAUGCCGUCGUUAACAUUAAACACGACAGCGCGCCUGUAGCCCUGCUUUACUGCGUCAUGACAGAGACGGGGCAAUUCUUGUUCUUCACAUCAUGUCUGUACAUCAUCAUCUACUCUCUGAUCAUCUCCACUGUCGUCGUCGCUCUACCCACCAAGCCAGAAGGUUACGAUCUACGGCCGGGUGCAGCAGAUGCACCGUUCAAGAUCGCUCUGUUCGCCGACCUGCAUUUUGGAGAGGCCGAGUCCACCGAAUGGGGCCCUCUACAGGAUGUUAAUUCUACUAGGGUCAUGUCCUCUGUACUCGAUCAUGAAACCCCAGAGUUUGUUAUCUAUCUCGGAGAUGUCAUCACAGCUAAUAAUAUAUUAAUUAGAAAUGCAAGCUUGUAUUGGGAUCAGGCAAUUUCUCCAACAAGAGCCAGGGGUAUUCCUUGGGCCAGUGUGUUUGGGAACCAUGAUGAUGCAGCAUUUGAGUGGCCGAUUGAGUGGUUUUCGGCUCCUGGAAUUCCUAAAAUUCAUUGUCCUGUAGCCAAUUCAUCAUGCUCAGGGAAAGAAGACUGUAGCUUCCAGGGAACUCAACGUUUGGAGAUAAUGAAAAAUGAGAUUGAGCUUAACACGCUAUCACAUUCUAGAUAUGGCCCGAAGGGGCUUUGGCCUAGUGUAUCCAACUAUGUCCUCCAAGUUUUGUCAUCAGAAGAUCCCAAGUCAGCUGUGGCAUUUUUGUACUUCCUAGAUUCUGGUGGUGGUUCCUACCCAGAAGUUAUAUCCGGCGCCCAAGCAGAAUGGUUCCGGCAGAAAGCUCUAGAGAUUAACCCUGAUUCAAGUGUCCCAGAGAUAAUCUUUUGGCAUAUACCAAGUCGUGUGUAUGAGAAAGUUGCUCCAAAGUUCGGCAUACACAAGCCUUGCGUGGGUUCACUUAACGAAGAGCAAGUAGCACCUCAAGAAGCUGAAAUGGGUAUGAUGAAACUUUUGGCCGAAAGGAAAUCUGCCAAGGCAAUAUUUGUAGGACACAACCAUGGAUUAGACUGGUGCUGUCCCCAUAAAGAAUUGUGGCUAUGUUUUGCUAGGCAUACCGGUUAUGGCGGUUAUGGAAACUGGGAUAGAGGAGCUAGAAUUGUGGAAAUCACUCAAAAGCCUUUCUCCGUUAAAUCUUGGAUAAGAAUGGAGGAUGGCAAUGUCCAUAGUGAAGUUGUCUUGAGUCCCUGAAAACUUUUCAUUCCAAUUUUAUGUCCUAUUGCAACAGAGAGAGAAGUUUUCCAUCUUUACAAAAGUACAAUAAAAUAACAUGAAAAUAAAUAAUACAUAUACAUACACAUGACCGUACAUCUGUCUGUAUAUAAAUCGUAUACAUUUUGUUUAUUCACCACUCAAUAUAUGUAUAAACAAUAUGCUAUGAUGCGUAGAUACUGCAAUGCCAGAAAUAAAUUUCAAAUU